UAGAGGGAGGAGAGUUUGCGUCACUGCCUCGCAGAGCUGAAGAGGAGAGCGAGCUGGGGAGAGCUAGGCUAUUUGGAGGGGAGGGUAGGCAGAGUCAGCGGACCCCGCGGCUCUCCUCUCCCACCGCCCAUCUCUUUCCUCACUGCUUCCCUUCUCUGCCCUUCACUUUGCCCCGAAAGCCCCAAUUAGCCAAAGGAAGGGUAAGGGGAACCCUUUCCCCUCCCCCCUCCAAAAAACUUUUCCAGUUCGAAGAAAGCAGGGGACUGGGUGGGCACCCGCUGGCCAUGGAGCUGCUGUGCUGCGAGAUGGACCGUGUCCGCAGGGCCGUGCCCGACGGCAACCUGCUCCACGACGACCGCGUUCUGCAGAACUUGCUCACCAUCGAGGAGCGCUACCUUCCCCAGUGCUCCUACUUCAAAUGCGUGCAGAAGGACAUCCAGCCCUACAUGCGCAGGAUGGUGGCCACCUGGAUGCUGGAGGUCUGUGAGGAGCAAAAGUGUGAGGAGGAGGUCUUCCCUUUGGCCAUGAAUUACCUGGACCGCUUCUUGGCUGGGGUCCCGACUCCUAAGACCCACCUUCAGCUCCUGGGUGCUGUCUGCAUGUUCCUGGCCUCCAAGCUGAAGGAGACCAUCCCUCUGACGGCAGAGAAGUUGUGCAUUUACACCGACAACUCCAUCAAGCCUCAGGAGCUCCUGGAGUGGGAGCUGGUUGUGCUGGGGAAGUUGAAGUGGAACCUGGCGGCGGUCACUCCUCAUGACUUCAUCGAGCCCAUCCUGCGCAGGCUGCCCCAGCCCAGUGAGAAGCUGCCCCUGAUCCGCAAGCAUGCACAGACCUUCAUUGCUCUGUGUGCCACCGAUUUCAAGUUUGCCAUGUACCCACCGUCGAUGAUUGCGACUGGAAGCGUGGGGGCUGCCAUCUGUGGGCUGCAGCAGGAUGAGGAAGUGAGCUCGCUCACCGGCGAUGCCCUGGUGGAGCUGCUGGCCAAGAUCACCAACACCGACGUGGAUUGCCUCAAAGCCUGCCAGGAGCAGAUUGAGGUGGUGCUGCUCAGCAACCUGCAGCAGUUUCGUCAGGAGCAGGGGGACGGAUCCAAGUCGGAGGAUGAACUGGACCAAGCCAGCACCCCUACAGACGUGCGGGAUAUUGACCUGUGAGGAUGUCAGUCGGGCCUCAUGGGAGAGAUGUGUUCCAAUCUGUUCUCUCCUUCUCUCUGGUUGUUUUGUUCUUUAUGUUUUAGGAUGAAACUUAAAAAAAAAAUUCUGCCCCCACCUAGAUCAUGUUGAAAGGUUUUUUAGAAGUGAGAGAAAAAGGUCCUAUACAAAUGGAAUAAUUAAAAGCAUUUGGUACCUAUUUGAAGUACAACAGAAAGGAAUCCCUUGUGUAUGCGAACAGUUAUUGUUUGAUUAUGUUAAAAGUAAUAGUAAAAUGCUUACAAGAAAACUGCAGAGUAGCUAGAGAAAAUGUAUGCCUGCAAUAUGGGAACUAAUUAGAGGAGACUUUUUCUUCAUGUUGUAAACUAGCACAUAUACACCCCUUUUAGGAUAACUUCAAGGAACUGCGUAUGCCAUUGAUGGCACGAUUAGAUUGCAAAGCCAUGAACUCGAGAAGGAAUUAGAAAUGAGGAGGGAUACGGUGGGGAGGGAGGACAAAGCAGUCUCUCAGCGUGACUGAACCAUUUUGGAUGGAGAAGCAUCUGUGGUCUCGGCCACCUAUUGCUAAGUCAGGAGCAUUGCUGGAUCUCUAGUUAGGAACUCUUGCUGUCUACAGUAGCUGCUACCUAAAAAAGAUGUGUAUUUUCCAGUUGGACACAGGUGAUUGGAUCCUGGGUUUUAUGUUUUUUGACAUCCUGCUUCUUCUUCCAAACAUGGUUCAUUGCACACACCACCAUUUUUUGUCUAAAGGGGUCAAUGUAGCUCUGGGCCAUUCCCAAAACUCCUAUGAAACCAAGGCAGAUGGAGGCGAAGGGUGGGAUCUGGAAUGGACUCUUAACGAAUUGAAGAAUGUGACCUUGGCAUCCCUUAUUAGGAGAAAACUAAUUUUUGGUGCUAAUUGGCAUGUCUGGUCCACAGUUUAGCAUUGUUAUAAACCAUUCCAUUCGAAAAGCACUUUGAAAAAUUGUUCCGGAGGGAUAGAUAGAUGGGAUGGUUUAUGCAAAUCAUGCUGAAUAGACUCCUCCCUUCUCUGGUGCCCCGCUCCCUCACCCCCAGUCCUGGUACUAUUCACGUCUGGUAUCUGACAUUCUCUGGUACAUGUUUCUGGUCUCCCUGCUAGGACUGAAGAGACAACCUUUUCUGCUGACAUUCCCAUCACAACAUUCCUCAGAAAAGCCUAAAAACAAAGAUCUCUUAUUCUGAUGGCAUGUAAGGAUAUUAAUUCCCACCUAGAUACUUCUCCUUUGGACAUGGAAAGAAAAGUUGUUGCUGGUGCAAAGACAGAAAGCUGAACAUCAGUGUGGCAUUUUGUUCCCUUUUCCGUUUUUUGUUAAUUUCAUUGCAAAGGUGUAUUCAGUGUACUUGAAUUUUUUUCCUCUCCACUUCUUAAACGCAUUCAGUUAUCAAAGAGGUUGGAGCAACAACUUUUUUUUUUUUUGCACAAUUAUAAUUGACAGGUGAUGAAGCUAUUUGUUAAAAUAUUUGCCUUUUUUAACUAAACAAGGAAAAUCAGAACAGGGCUAUUUGAACAAUUAUUUUAUACACAGAUUCUGCCUUGUUUCAUAGCAUGAGGGUUGAAGAUGGCGAAAAAUCUAAGGGUCUCUUAUUUUUCAUUUUAUUGUGUUCGGUUUUUUUAUUACUUUUUUUUUGCGCUGCUAAGAAGCUAAAAUCAUUCAUCCUUAUUCACAUUAACAGUACCUAGCUGUAAUGUUUUUCACAAAGUGUGCUGCUAUUUUAUAAACAUUUUUAUAAUAUAUUAUUUUACUGCUUAAAUUCAAAGUCCUGAAGUAGAUGGUUGAGAUAUGAGUUCUUCGUACUGGAAAAGCCCUUCCAUACGUAUAUCUUCUGGUAGCGUAUUCACAGUUGGUUUUUUUUUUUUUUUUUUUUACCUUUUGGGUUUUUGGUUUUGUUUUUUUCUUCUCUGAUCACAUUCUUCAAAGACAGAGUGUUCUUUACCUCAGGUUUACUGGACAAAAUCAAUAGCUACAAAAGAAAAUGAUUCACAUUUUUGUUUUCAUAAUACCUCACAAACAUACAGUUUCUGCUCGGGAGCCCAUGAGUGUGGGGGAAGAAGGAGGCAGGAGGAGGCUGCACGCCCUCUCAGGCAAGAGGCAGGUGGGUCUGGCCCAGGGUCUCACACCCUGGAACCUUUUCAGUAGUGAAAGUCACCAGGCUUCCAUUUCGACUCUGGUAUCCUCAUCACGAUGGAAAAAAUGCAGCUGAACUAAGGGAUUUCCCCUCCCACCACCGCAGACAUUGAGCACAGAUGUUCAUGCAGUGGACGAGGAAGUCAUUCAUAAUUUGCACUUAGGUGUCAGGAGACAGGCCACUUGGAGACCCUCAUCUUACAGCUCUUUCUGAAGCAGGGCUUUCCUCGCCAGGGCCCUCUCAGCUUGCAAGGACCAUUCCCUCUCUUCCCCUUUCCAUGAUGCGGGCAUCCCCAGGUUAUGGUAAUCACAGGCUUUUCCAGGUCUGAAUCUGUAGCAUGCGAUGUUGUGGGGAAUUCCUUCUCCCAUCUGUCUCCACCAGGGACAGUCAGUGCUGUGCAAGGCCAGGUCCUGUACUAAGUGGCACUGAAUGUUUUCUAGGUUGAAAUCACAUUGAAUUGGCAUGAUUGGCAAAACAGGCCAAAUGAUUACUGGAUGGUAGUUGAAGAGAGGUGGUAAGGCUGCUUCUUUAUAGAGGUGAAUGAGACUCUUGUGGGAUGUUUAGAAGGGUUCAGGGCUUGGUGGGUUAGCAUAACCCUAAAUUCUAGGGAGUUGCUGGUGGGGUAGUGAGUGGUGAAUUCUGAAGUUUUGGAGAGGAAAGGUGAGUGUGGUGGGGGCAGUCUUUUAUCAAGAGCCUGGUUUGCACAGGACACUCUUCUGGUCCCUGAGGAGUUCCACAGAAUGGUCCAAGACGUGGUCUCUAGAGUUCUUGGGUGUCUUGGAGCCUGAAGACAAACUGAGGUACAAGCCUACUCCAUAGUGACCAGUCCUUAAGCUCAAACAGAAGAAGUAGCAAAUGAGAGAAUCUGACAAGGAAGGAAACAGGCCAACAGACUGUCCUGCAGUCUGCAACUUUCCACUUUUCCUGAAGCCCCUGAUGUCACUGGGGCCUUCUAGCCAUUUCUACUUCCUGUCCUCAGCCUAGUGUGAUAGAAGGCGUGGGGUGGUUGGGGGAGGGGGAGAAGGUGCUAGGUUGUCUGGCUUUUCCUGCCUGUUCCCCGCUUUAAACAAAAGAACGAACUCUGGUGUGUAAGUGGUUGGCACCCUCUCCUUGGAUCUCGGUUUCCUUGGUAGGAGAUUUUGUCCCAGAGGAGCUCAGUUCUCGUGAUUUUUAUUUUUCUCUUUCACCUCCCACUAAAGGGGUUCCAGACCUGUUCAGGUCUUUUUCUAUCUUAAAAAAAAAAUCUCUACUUCCUCUUUGCUGUGUUUUUGUUUUUUUUCCAUCAGUGGGGGCUAAGUUGUUCCCCUAGCCUGCCAAAUUUUGUUCCUUCCCCUAUUUUGGCCAAAUCCUAGGGGGAAAUCCUAGUAUGCCAAAAAUAUAUGCUAAGCAUAAUUUAAUUCCAUGCGGGUUCAUAACAGCCAAGAAGCCUGUAGGUAGAAACGGGACAGAUCCCACAGCAGAAUGUGUCCCAUGUGCCGAGAGGACGGCUCCUCAGAGACGGGCUGCUCUUGGAGGAGUCUUCGUGCUGGAACUGCUGCAGGACCCUGCUGAAGAGCUUACCGAGUCUCACAGCCAGGUCUGCCUCAGUCCGCAUGCUUUGUUCAAGAGGUUCUGUUCUGCCUCUUACCAUCCUGGUCGGGGCUCACAUAGCUCAGAGGCCACAGGGACUUAAGUGACAAGGCUGGGAGAGGAAGCAACUGUGACUGCAUCAUGCUGUACACCCUCGUUAGUGGCAUGGGCUUCCCCCAGAGGGAGCUGUAGCUUCCCUGCAGUCUGAUCCCUUUACGGCCCCUCCACACUGCCCUGGGAGCUCAGACUGACAGGUUAAGAACAUUAGGUAGGAUGGGAUGGCUUUUCUCAAAGAGGGCAGGGGAAUUUUCUCUCCAUGGGCCAAAGGGAGCAGGGCUGGGAGAAGAAAUAGACUUGCACCUUAUAUCAUGUAAAUAAUGAUUUUCUAGUUCAAGAAGAUGAUAUUGGUAGUGUGGGAAUGGGAGGUAGGGAUGGGGAGGAAGUCUGAGUAAGCCAAAAGGAUUCCUCCUUGUUUAUCUUUGAGACAGUCCAACCCUGAGAAUAGCUUUAAAAGGGAAAUUAAUGCUGAGACAGUAAAGUCCUCUUAAGCCGACAAACUAGCUAUAGAAUGAAUGCGGGCUUCUACCUGUGUGGGCUUGGAGCAGUUUUCAAGAGCUGCUCAUGCCCUUGUCCAUUUGUUCAAAAUAGGGCAGGAAGACUCAAGAGGAUGUUUGUGACUUCCUCAUGCCGUGUGGCUUUUCAUGAUUCUAGAUUCUAAAGCCGAACACCAUUCAGCUACAUUUCUCAGAACUCUUCUCCUACAUUUGUGUGUCUCUGCCUUAGACUUGGCUGGGCUAUCAGACCCAAUUCUUGGCUCAGGUUUCAAGAAGCCAUUGGCAAAUGUACCCAUGCAUGCUGUGGCUGCAUCAUUUAUUCCUUUGCCUGCAGCCUACUUUGGGGGAAAAAAGUGCCUUACUGACUGUAGUAGCCAUUACAGUAUCCAAUGUAUUUUGACAGGUGCCUGUCCUUAAAAAAAAAGCUUGUUUGUUUUUUAAUGGGUUUCAGUUAUUAUUGCUGGCCAGCUCUUAAGUCCCCAGCAAAUCUCCAGGCCAUGGGAUUUUUUUCCAUUAUAUUCAUUACCCUUGUGCCAUGUACCUCAGAUCUCUCUCUCUCUCUCUCUCUCUCUCUCUCUCUCUCUCUCAGUUACAGUUUCUUGUCUUGGACUUCUUUUAUUAUUAUUAUAAUUUUUUUUGCUUUAAACGAGUGUGAUGCCAUAUCGAGUCAAUGUAAUUCUCUCACAAUGUACUCUAUAAGAGGUGUGGGUGUUUGUUUGGUCGGGAUGCUAGCAAGUGCUAAAGUAGUGUGAGCAGUAUAAACAAAAGGUGUUUAGGAAGUUUGGAAAAAUGUUUUAUUGGCUAUGAUGGCGACAUGAUAUAGUCAGCUGCCUUUUAAGAAGACCUAUCUGUUCAGUGUUAAGUGAUUUUAAGAAAUGAUAACGUGUUAUUCUGACUAGCUUAAAAGAUGGAUUUGAAAGUGGUUUUGGAUGCAAUUAGGUAAUGCUAUUUGGACAAUAAACUCACCUUGACUUAAA